AUGCAACAACUUGGAGAUGCCAAUGUGCCACCUUUUCAACAAAUGAGUAUUUUGGAGUUGCAAAGUGGAGGUCUUCAAAAUGUUGGAUUUACAAAAAAAGAUCUUUACAAUGAUAGAAGGGAUAAGAAGAAAUUAGUAAAUGGACAUGACGGGAAUAUGAUGCAUGAGUAUUUGCAGAGCGAAAAAGAAAAGAAUCCCGGGUUUGCGUUUACAUUCGAGACAGAUGAUGAGCAGAUGGUGACGCAUUAUUUUUUGGCCGAUGCGACUUGUAGAAAGUCAUACAAGUAUUUUGGAGACGUGGUGGUGUUUGAUAGUACCUACGACACUAAUAAAUAUUCUUUGAUCUUCGCACCCAUAGUAGGGGUUAAUCACCACGAACAGACAAUGCUUUUCAGGUGUGCAUUUUUAAGUGAUGAAACUUGUGAGUCGUUUGAGUGGUUUUUUAAAGAAUGGUUGAAAGCGAUGCUUAGAGGCCCACCCAAAAUGAUCAUAACCGAUCAGGAUCCGGCAAUGGCAAAAGCAAUUGCUUCUACACUUUCAAAUACCUAUCACAGGUUAUGCAUUUGGCACAUUGUGAAUAAAUUUUUUCAAAAACUAGGUGCACUUGCAUAUGUACAACAUUAUGAGACGUUUAAAAAAUGUAUAUGGAAUUCCGAGAACCCGAAUGAGUUUGAAGCAAGAUGGUUAGAGAUUGUGCAAAAAGCACACUUGUCUAGCAAUGAAUGGUUAAAUGACAUGUACACAAUCUGUGCGAGAUGGAUUCCUGCCUAUACGAAACACAUCUUCUCAGCCCAUAUGACAAGUAGUCAAAGAAGUGAAAGUGAUCAUGCAUUCUUCAAGAGGUACGUGUCUAAGAAUAAUUCAUUGUUGGAGUUUGUGACACGGUUUGAUAGGCACUUUCAAAUUUACGGCAUAAUGAAUUGGAUUUAG